AUGAAUGAAAUAUUUCUCGUACAAGCUCAUAAUGAUAAAGAUCCACCAAAUUUCUUUAUUCAAUUUGCGCCAUACAAUAGUACACAAAAUUCAUCUAAAUGUUCAAUUCACUAUCCUGAUGAUUUACAAAAUUAUGUUUACACAGUUGCUGUGGGAAAGAAGCCGAAUCAAAAUCAAGUACAAUUUUUCUUUGCCGGUGAAGUACUAAAUACUGACAAUGGAACAUUUAUUGGCGUGGCAAAAUAUAAUCUAACGAACGAUGUUUCGAAUUCAUCGAACUUUUGUGCGACAGGUUUCUCUUACUCGACGCAAUACCUACCCAAUUAUGCACAUCAAGAAUACUAUAUCAUUGGAGUUGAACCGAAGGGUCUUCUUGUCUAUGGAUUUGCUAAUGAUUUUAUCUUCAUCUUUGAUUCUCAGAAUGUUUCAACUUUCAAAUCAUGGAAUAGCAGCUUAACAUGGCCAAACGUCUCAUUUACACCCCAUGCAGUUGACAUCAGUGACAAUUUUGGUGUUGUUGCUGGUUUCAUUAAAAAUGAUCCGAAUGGAAGAGUCAAAUUUAGUCCAAUCAUUUAUCUCCUUAAUUUCAAUUCAUCUAAUCAUCAUCCGAUUGUUGUUGAUCAACAUGUACCAUAUGCUACUCCAGGUACAUGGCAAGAUUUAUUAAUCAAUGACGAUGCAGAUAUUUAUUCAGCCAAAUACAGUAUGUCAAUCAGUAUCAAUAGUCGUGGUUAUGUUUUAGUUGGUAUGCAAUUCAUCAAUAGAGUUUUUUUAUUUUCGGUAAACAUCAAUAAUCCGAUAUCAUUAGUGAACAUUAGUAGAAACACGAAUGGUCGGUCAUUGGGAAAUGGAAAAAGUGUAGCUUGGUUAGAUAAUGGAAGUAUGGCUGCUAUAAUUGUCAACACAUAUUCAUUAGCAUAUGAGUGGAUAUCAUCGAGUAUCUACUUCUAUGAUAUGAGACUGAAUAAUUAUAGUUCGAAAAGUAGUCCACUCUCAGUUUUCCCUAAUUAUCAUCAAUCGUUACCGAGAAAUUUUCGUUCCGUGUUGUUAAAUAUCGUUUCAUCGCCAACAUCACUAGCUUUAAUGGAUGAUUUCGGAAGCUUGCUCAUAUUCAACCCGACGCCCCCUGGUUAUUACCCGUCCAUACUAGAAACAACAUCGGUACCAACUAUUACUUUUGCAAAGACAUGCCUACCAGGUAUGUAUAAAGAUCAAUACGGUAUACAUGAUUGUAUUCUCUGUCCAACUGGUACAAGAGCUUCUGUUGAUACUACAACUGAAUGUAUGCCAUGCGCGCCUGAAUCAUUAUGUUCUCUUGGUGCAGUGGAUGAAUUACCACGCUCUGUAUUGAAAAAUACCGUACAAGUUAUCGCUUAUCCAAAAUCACCCGAGAGUACUAUGUUUGAAGAGAUAUUAAUUAAUAACAUGUUUCAUAUAGGAUCGGGUCAUUGCCUGAUCAUAUCACCAUUAUUUUGGUCAUUAGUCGUGGCGGGUAUAGCUAUUCUCACGUUAAUAUUAAUUGGAGUAUUGCACUUUUGUGUGUUGCAUCCAGGAAGCACUCGAGUUAAGAAACGAAUUCAAUGGACGUUUAAAAAAAUAGAUAUGAUUCGAGAAGGUGAAUUGUGGAUGGGAGGUUUAGCAUCGUUGUCUCUGAUGGUUUUACUUUGUUUUGCCUAUGCAUUUAGCAAUGCAUAUCUUAAGCAAUAUCCGAUUGAAACAUCGUCCGACUCUUAUUUCGCUUGCGAUAGAUCGAUUCGUAAUGCUAAGUUUCAAACAAGUCUUUAUUCACUGGCUAUACCAGGUGCAGACGCCGAAGAAGAGAUGUUUCAUAUACUUGAUGGACAAGAAUUUACUCUCAAUGUUGAUUUCAUCAAUACACUUAUUAAUUGUGACGUUGUAUCACUGAAAACUCUAUUAGGUACAACUUGGUCGACAUUUCGUUGGUCUACCUGUGACAAUAUUAAUUCGACACUAUCCUUAUCUAUUCUGUUGCCUGUUGAACAUACAUCUAUAGAAAUUACCUUAGCUGAUGUUGGCAUCAUUAGUGCUCUGCGCAUAGGUUUAAGUGGUCAGAAAAAUGAAAAAGAAUUUUAUUAUCUAAGAGAGUUAAAUUCAUUUCAAUCUUUUUCAAAGAACGGAUCUAUACUUGCACAUGCAUUACCUUUAGCUGUAUCAGUAACAAAAGUUAUCAAUGUAACAGUACCGAUGCAAGGUGAAAAAUCCAAUUAUACUGGCAUCUACAUUCUUACAUAUUGGGAUGAUUUAAACAAUUUAUUUCUUUCACAAGAUCAAUAUGUUAAAUUAACAUCUACAAAGACAGUGUUGACAGUAGUGAUAACUGAAACACCCUACUAUGUAAAAAAUGUACAACAGCCAAUAGUUAGACAAGCGCAGCUUAUAUUUCAUAAUAUCUUAUUCACUGUAGUUUGUUUUGAAAUAUUUGGUCUCAUAUUCAUAAUGUACAAACUGAUAAUCGAACCACUUUAUCAUCUCAUUUAUCGAAUAUUCUCUAGUCGAUGUAAGAGAUACCAAGCAAAUAAUCAGAAGGUGAAUUAUGAUCAUAAAUAUAUGGACACUAUCUCAAAUACUGAAAGUACUCUUGAACAACCAAUCAGACAUAAGUUCUAA